CUAGGCUGCGCCACAUGAGGAUCCUUGUUUGAUUAGGAUUAUACCAUCAACAAAUACAUACAUAAGGGUUUAGCCGCCGCAUACUGCUGCAUUCCAAAACCGGGUAGGGCGAACGAAAAGCUUUAGCCGUUCAGGGCGAUUCCCUUUUUCGUUGCAGAGAGCAUCGCGAACGUGAAAAUCUCAAGUUCUGAUCAUCAUCACUAUUCCAUCGUCGAUGGGGAAGAGAAAGGAGCGCCGCCUUGCCGCUCUGAGCGCAGCUGGUCGAAGAGUAAAGCUUGAUCUUUUCGCGGAACCCUCUGGAGAUAUGGGUGGCUCCUCUGUACACGAUGAAGUUGAAGUGGAUAAAGAUCCAAAUAGUUGUGCUGGAGUCCCCAGUUCAUCAUCUACUUCAGGUCAACUUCAGGAGAAUCCUUUGCUGUUGCUUGGGCAAUAUAGUGAUGAGGAAUUGGACGAAGGAAGCAAAAAACCCAAGCAUGAUGCCACAGAGAGUUCCUUGAUCACCCACCCUGGCCAGGUAGAGGAAGCUGUGGUUGCGGAAUGUGAAGAACUAGUAGGAAAUGCUAGCAAUGAAGUUGCUUCUCAUCAGGUCAAUGAAGAGGAUGUCGGGAAUGAUUUUGCUCAACCUGAUGCUGCAAUAGACCCGGGUAGCACUGAUGCUGUAGAAACUAAUGUUGCUGAUUCAGGUGAUCCAGUCAACCAAGCAGAUUCAGGGGCACAAGGCUCUGAUUUAGGGUCUUCCGGGGUACAAGUUGUUGGAGAUGUGACCUCUGGUUGGAAGAUAGUUAUGCAUGAAGAGAGCAAUAAAUACUAUUACUGGAAUACUGAGACUGGUGAAACGUCAUGGGAAGUGCCUGAUGUUUUGACUCAGGGAACAGAAACGGCCAGUGAACAGAAAGUUCCUCUUGUUAAUGAAGUCAAGGAGAGUUCUCAUGUUGAUAAUUGUGCACCCAAUCCAAAUUUUACACAACUGCGUGUGUCCUCAGACAUGCCUGCUGGAGAUGGGCCUAAUGAUUCUGAAUUGAUUCCUGAAUUCAGGGAAAAUCAUGAAUUGGGGCUUGAAGUGGAUAAUUGGAAUGUAGGUUGUAAAGAUCAAAAUCUAGAUGAUCAAAAAAUGGGUGCCAAAGUCAAGCAUAUAGAAUCAAAUGGUGGUUCUGGUAAUAAUGUUACUGCACCAUGUCAAGAAAUGUCUUCGCUUUGUGGUUAUAUUUCCAAAGAGCAGUCAACUAUUUCCCCUCCAGGCCCGAGAGACCCAAUUACUGGAGUCGAUGAAUAUCGUGAAAACCAUGAAGCUUUUUCUUCUCAUCUUGUGAAGUAUGGUGAAACUUUGUUACGGCGUUUGAAGGCAGUAGAAAGAUACGAGGAUAAACCCGAAGGACGUGACUGGCUGUUAAAUUAUAUCUUCGAAGUUGAGAUCAGACUUUCUGAUUUCAAGUCCCUCCUUGCUUAUGGUCCUUCUUUGCUGCCAUUUUGGCUGCACUCUGAAGGACAGCUUAAACGAAUUGAAUGUGCUAUUGAUAAUGAGCUCUCUCGGUUUGUUAAAUCUGAACAGCUGGAUGAAGCUGCGAAUGUGCAAGUCCCACCUUCGCUGCAAAGCAUAGGAAACUCUAGAACGGACGAGAAGGAAGAUGUAAUAAUCUCUGAUUCCGAAAAUCCACAGAUUUCUCCCAUUGUUGAUCUGCUGAAAGUGGUCAAUAAAGAAUCACAUGACGGAUCUGCAGCUGAUCUUGGUAAUGCUGAAGGGACCCUUUUAACACAAUCUCCAACUCAGCAUUUGGGCAGCAGAGCAGAAGGAAAUAUGGAGAAUGCCAAUGAGAGCAAACCUCUGGACACAUUGAUUUCCAAAACGGGCCCCCAUAUGGGUGAAGAUGUUGACAUGGAUGUUGACAUGGAUGUUGAUGAUGAAACUCCUGCAGACGACAUGACUUCUGGAUAUGCAUUGAAUGCCAAAUCUUUACGUCAAACUGAUCAACAGGUUCAGCCAAUUCCCCCUGCAGAAUACUUCUCGGUGCCUGAGAUUGAAAGUGCUGCCCCACCACUUCCAGAUGACGAGUGGAUACCCCCACCACCUCCUGAUAAUGAACCGGUGCCUCCUCCUCCACCUGAUGACCCAGUCCCCUCGUAUCCCUCACCACCACUGUAUUCUGAAACAGUGGAAACUCCAUACACAGAGCAGUUCAAUAUGGCUUAUCCAAUUUCUAAUUUUAACUAUUACGGUACCACUAUUCCUGAAGUCCCAGGUGCUAAUUAUUAUGCCCAUGGUGAAGGAUGCCAACUAGUUGAGCCUCAGCAACCACAAUAUUAUGAAACCAUGGAGCACACAUAUCCAGAACCUGCACCUAUAGUUGUAAACCCGCUUCCUGUGGAGUCCAUUUUGUAUUAUGACUAUUCCAAUGGAACAGUACCCCCUGGAGCUGUAAUCAGUAGCAUAGAUUCCUCUGGUAUGUACACUGGAUCUGGUUCUGUGAAUUACCAUGAUACUGCUACUUCUGCUCAAGCGUCAUCUGUUGAGAUCUUCACAGAAUCUGGAAGUAGUUCAGUUCCAAGUACAAUGGCUGGGUCUGAUGUUUCUGCUGUUGGCUGUGAACAUGAGACGGUGAAUCUACAAGUUAUACCUACUUUAGCCACUACAGAAAGCAAGGUAGCGAAUGGUGGUGGCCCUCCAACAUCAGGAACUGUUGCUUCUGCUGCACAAUCUGCAACUGUAUCUAAGGUCCAGUCUAAAGUGUCGCGAGGCAAGAAACGUACAGUUGCUGUGGCACCUACUUUGAGGUCUAAUAAGAAGGUCUCCAGCCUCGUGGACAAGUGGAAAGCUGCCAAAGAGGAGUUGUAUGAGGAUGAGGAAGAUGAACCUGAAAAUGCUUAUGAGUCGUUAGAAAGGAAGCGGCAAAAGGAAAUUGAGGAAUGGCAUGCACAACAAAUUGCUAGAGGAGAAGCUAAAGACAAUGCUAAUUUUCAGCCACUAGGUGGUGAUUGGCGUGAACGGGUGAGGCGUAAGAGAGCUAAAUCGACCAAGGAGGCAGUGGAAGCUGCACCAGAGGUGUCUUUGAAUGAAAAGCAGCAACCUGAUUUAAUUGAGCUUUCAAAAGAUCUCCCAUCUGGAUGGCAGGCAUAUUGGGAUGAAUCAUCAAAAGAAGUCUAUUAUGGGAAUGCAGUCACUUCGGAGACAACGUGGACCCGGCCUACAAGAUGACGGCAUUUUUUUUUUUUUUUUUUUUUUUAGAGUUCCUAAAUUUCUCGGGCCCGUGUAGGAAUUUUAUAUCUCAAUAUUUAUUUAUUUAUUUUAGUUCAGAUAGUGUAAACAUGGAAAAGAAAUGCUCCCCUUUCGUUGUGAGGCACCCUCACUCUUUUUAGGUAUAUCUCUACUUUUUGUUUCUUCUCCAUUUCCUCUAUUUUUCUUUUUUGAUGGGGUUCACUAUAGAAGGUGUGAAGAGGGAAACCAACAGUGAGCUGAUUCGAACUGAAGACCUCCUGCUGUUGGUUUAAUGCUUCACACCCUCACUAACGGAGGCAGUAAUUGUUUUUAGCAACCUGUACUUCCUGUCUUACAAUUAUCACUAUUCAUGCUAAUCGAGUUGUUUGGAUUUUUCGUAG